AUGAUAUUACUCCACGUUGCUUUCCAGAAUGUUGCAUUUUGCGGAUCAAUCAUCUUUAUUGGUCAUUACCUAGCUAUUGCAGUCUUCAUGUGGAUGCUUCUUGAAGGAGUACAAAUAUUACUAACUUUUAUAAGUGUCUUCAGUGCCAAUUCUGAUCAAUGUGGCAAACGCUUGAGUAUUAUGAUCGUUUUUGGUUGGGGUUGUCCAGCGGUUAUUUCGUCAUCGUGCGUUUUGACAAACAAUAAUACCUAUAUAUUUAAAUUUGAAGAGUAUGAGUAUGCAUUAUGUUGGUUCGACACUACUAAUAGUUGGUUACUCUACGGUCCUGUCGUAGCUAUAACAGGCAUAAAUUUUGUUAUCGCUAUAGUCGUGUUGAUCAUAUUGGAGAAAAAUCGAAAUCCAAGACUUCUAACCAAAGCUAAGGACGAUAGCGGUGACAUUCGACAACGGAUUCGUUCAUUCCUUGUCCUUUGCCCCUUACUGGGUAUACCUUGGUUAAUAACCGUCAUUUCAUGGUUCGUUCAGUGCCAGAAUGCUACCCUUUAUAUCAUACUCUUGCUUUUAUCAAUAACCAUCAAUUCGCUGCAGGGUGUAUUCUUCUUCCUAGCUCAUUGCAUUCUAAACCGUAAAGUCCGCGACGCCAUAAGGAAACGAUUCUUUCGCUAUAAAAGUAAGCGCUCAACCUCGACUUCACGUACUUUACCAACGUCUCCAGAAACUUUAAGGCGUCAUCUUAGCCGUAUUAAGAGAGAAACAUUGAUUAAAUACGAAACUAAAUUUGAAAGUAUUGAUGGAUUGACACGAACUCCCAGUACUGGCAGCAAUUUUAUAGCAAGGACUCACAGCUCUGGCAAUUCUCAAAAUUCUAAUCAUGCAAAGCCAUUAGACGAAAAGAAAUCACCUACUUCAAUUACGAUUAUUACUACUGCAAUUUAG